AUGUUGACACCUAUCAACACCAACACUUCCUCCCCGGUCCGUCCCGGCAUUGAGAGCCCCACCCACAAGCUCUGCCGCUCGGCUGAGAGCAAAAAGCUCGAUGUCGAGCUUGCUUCCAAGGUCAAGUCCUUGAAGGGCGGUGCCAAGGCAAGGAAAGAGUCCAAGGGCCCUAUUCUUAAAAGAAAGAUGGCUUGUGCUACUUGCCGUCGCCGCAAGCUUCGUUGUGAUGCUGCUCGCCCUCGUUGCUCCACUUGCGCACGAUCGCAGGCAUCAGCCGAGGCUGCUGGUCACCCUUCGGCUGUGCCCCCUGGUCCUUGUAGUUACGACUGUGACCAGCACGACGAGCCUACCCGCAACCGCUUCGUUGCCAACGGUUCGUUCCACUCGCUUACCUUCCACAGUCACCCUCGAUUGCCAUUGGCUCCUGGUUUCGGCAUGCCUGGCGCCUACGAAGCCAUCACUGGUGCUCCCAUGGUCGACAGCCUCAACUUCUUGCCGCCUACCAGCCCUCACGGUGUCUGGGCUUAUGGUGACUUCCCUAUGACUCCUUCGCGCAUCUCGGGUCCUGGUUGCAACUCGUCUUCGUGUCACACCGUCCCUAUGAUGACAACACCGACGCGCCCAACACUGUUGACAUCGACUCCAAUGCGAAGGAUUAUUAGUCCAAGCCUUGCGAUCAACUCGACCCCCAUCAAGGACCACGAUGUCUUCUACUCACCACCAGCACAUGAGCAGUGGACACCUUCUUCAGCGAUGAGCACCGAGUCGAUCUACUACAGCCCCAUGGUCGCUUCCUUGUCCGAAGGACUUGCUUCCGCCUCUGGUCUCUCGUCGGCCGCUUCGACGCCGUCGCUGGCUUCGACACGCGCCAUCCGCUCGCCAUUCCCCAUGAGUCAGGAUCUUGGCACACCAUUCAGCAUGCCUCCCACCACACCGAUUUCGGACUCGUUCGACAUCAACUACCUUGGUCCUCCCAUGGUACCGCGUUCCACUCUCUCGCCACAUGAGCAGCAGAUGAAGUGCACCAACUUCUUGCAGUCUCUCGAGCCCAUGCCAUACAACCUGAUCGACUUCACCGGUGCCGGUGCCAUGCACCCCGAUGCCUUCCCCAUGGUCGCGCCACCAAUGAUGGCAGCCGACUCGGUUGAGAUCAUGGCAGGCAACGACCUUGGUCUGAUCAACGUCCCGCCCAUGGAUGGCAAGCUUCAAGAUCCCUUUGCAAGCAUGUCGGGAUACGAGAUGCCUGAUGCCACACUGCUCGGCCACGAUAUGUCAAGCAUGGCAUCCAUGACGCUCACCUCGGCCAUGCCCAGCGACAUCUUUGGCAGCGCGACCGCCACGCCUGUUGCCCCAGAGUGGGUCGCCUGA